CAAAGCCAAAACGCCAUGAAGAUCCAACACUCUUUCCCUCUCUAUUGCUCGCUCUUUCUUCUCUUUUUAGCUACUGCUACUCUAAUAUUACCUUCUCAUGCUGCUGCUUUAGGAAAAUGCAAUCCUAGUGACUAUGAAGCUCUAAUGAAUAUUAAGAAGUAUCUAAACAACCCUUCUCAUCUAGCUACAUGGGUUCCGGAUACAGACUGUUGCAACUGGAACGGAGUCGCAUGUGAUAGUGAGACCAACCGUAUCAACGAACUCAGCUUGUCUCAAGGUGAAAUCUCUGGCCAAAUUCCAUCCUCAGUAGGUGAUCUUACUUAUCUUGAAUCUCUAACUUUUCAGAAACUUAGGAAUAUCACGGGUUCAAUCCCACCAUCUAUCACAAAGUUAAAGCAUCUCAUUAUACUAGAUCUCACCUAUUUGAGUCUCUCAGGUCCAAUUCCCGACUUCCUUAACCAACUUAGGAACCUCAAGUUCCUCGACCUCUCUUCUAAUCAAUUCUCCGGCUCCAUUCCACCCAAUCUCUCUGAACUAAAAUAUGUUAAAUCCAUUGACUUGUCUAACAACAAACUCACGGGUUUAGUUCCUGAAACUUUUGGGAGAUUUCCUGGACCUAUUAUACCUCAAUUGUUCUUGUCUCACAAUCAGCUCUCGGGAACAAUUCCAAAAUCUUUAGGUGCUAUGGAUUAUGGAAGGAUUGACUUGUCGAGGAACAACUUUGAUGGGGAUGCAUCUGUACUCUUUAAUCCAAGCCAUAAUGUGAUAGACUAUAUGGACUUGUCGUGGAACCAAUUCGAGUUUGAUUUAUCAAAGGUCAAGUUUCCAAAGAGUUUGAUUGCGUUGGAUUUAUCACAUAACAAAAUCUUUGGUGCAAUCCCUGAAGAAAUCAAGGGUUUGGAGUUGUCUAGGUUGAACGUGAGUUACAAUAGCUUGUGUGGAAUACCGUUUGGAGGGAAAAUGCAGAGUUUCGACAAGACUGUUUAUUUUCAUAAUAAGUGCUUGUACCGAUGACGGGGAGCUGUUAGAAAAGGUAAAAGUAAAUGCAUGAGUAAAUGAUUGGAGUAAGAAUAUGAAUGUAGUGGGAUAUGUACUUGUUGUUAUAUCUGUCUC